GGAAAUGACGUCGAGGGUGAACUUCCGUGUUGUUAGCUUUAACCUAGCAACCACAUCCCUGCUAGCAACGCGUGACAAACGGUGUUAUCUUAACUUUAAAUAAGUUACAGUCAAAUUACCUCAAGUUUUGCAUUGAAUAUCAGGUGUUUGUUUUCCUCUGCAGAGACCAGCCCAGGUAACAAUACCUGUGAGAUGUCUGCUGCCAUGUAGAGCUGCACACUGUGCUGUCCUGUGCUGUUAGCAUCCCUGUGGUCGUUUCAAUGGGGAAAAGGAAAGACAUGAUUCACCCCAGGUUUCUCGGUGAAGGCGGAUCCAGCCUGCACAGCGUUCACAAGCGGAAACACAAAAAACACAAGAAGCACAAGAGGAAGCACCACAGCUUCGCAGAGUGCCCGGAGCCCGAGCCCAUCGUGGUCCCUCGGCCUCCUCCUCCGCAGCUCCGACUCAAGAUCAAACUGGGAGGACAGACGCUGGGGACCAAGAGUGUUCCCACCUUCACCGUGCAUCCCGGUGUGGCUUGUCCUCCCUCUCCUUUGAUGAUUAUUAAUAAUGUCGAUGAUGAUGAUGACGAAGAUGACGACGAAGAUGAUGAGGACGACGACGAUGAGCCCUCUGUGCCUUUGGAGCAGUAUCGGGCCUGGCUGGAUGAAGACAGUAACCUGGCCACGUCCCCUAUGCCAGACAUAGACUCUGACUCCAUGCUGGGCGUGCCCGUGGACGAGGAGGAGAGGUGGCUGGACGCUCUGGAGAAAGGAGAGCUUGACGACAACGGAGAGCUGAAGAAGGAGGUUGACGAGUCUCUGCUCACGGCCAGACAGAAAGCCCUGCUACACAAGCAGCAGAGCCAGCCUCUCCUGGAGCUCCCCAUGGGUUACAAGGAGAAAGAGAUGACCGUAGAGAUGAUGCAGAAGCGGGAGGAACGAGCUCGAAAGAGACGCCUGCAGGCCGCCAAGAAGGCAGAAGAGAGCAAGAACCAGACAAUAGAGAGACUGACAAAAACCAGCAAGGCCAAGAUCAAAAGCAUGAGAGAGAGGAAGUCUAGGCAGAAUCAGUCUCCCAUGAUCCGGUACAGCGACUGCGUCCAGGGCAUGGCCAUCUCCUUCCCUACAGGCGUCGCCCCUCCGGCCCCAACUCCUCCCUUUCCUCCACCAGCAGCCCCGGUGAACUGCGCGGUCAGCGGCUGCACCAACCUCAAGAAGUACUCCUGCUCAAAGACCGGCGUUCCUCUCUGCAGCCUUGAGUGUUACAAGAUGAACCUGCUGCUCGUUCAGAGCGCAGCUUGAACUUUAAAAGGGCCGAAUAUAUUCCAAAUGGACGCAGAUGUAGUUCUGUAAGUACAUCAGGAUGUGAAGGUGCGUACAGCCCACAUGGUGAUGUGGGUUGAAUUUUGCGCUGCACAGAUGUGGGAAGUAUAGUUGAACUUCACACUUUAAAGGUGCUAUAUACGAUAUUCAGAGCAUUGCAUGUCUACCUGAGCAGAGAAUGAAGUCACUCUCCCUCUGUGUGUGUGGUAAUCCGAACUUCGCUGUGCUUUGUUGACACAGCCGGGCCGGACGCACGUGCUUUUAGUGCAUGUUCGUGCAUGUUCGUGCAUGUGAGCCACUCUGCACUGCUCUCAGACGGCGGUUACAGCUGAAAACCGACUGAGCCGUCUUGGAGGCGUAGCACCCACCCUCCGGCUCAGCCAUCGCCAUGUUGAGAGCCGUGUCGAUACAAAUGCUCGCAAUCUCGCAUUUAGCACCUUUAAAGAUAACACAUUUUUAGGACUAAGAAUGUGGAUUUACUAUUUAUCGUUUCGCCUUUUGUUUGUAGCUGUGUCAUAUAAAUAAUAAUGGUUUUGCCCAGCAGUGAUGCUGGUAACACAAUUCAAUUAUGUAUAUUAUAAAAUAUAUCCGAACCAAUUAUUAUACAAUAUUAGGGGCCGUACACAUGCCAUGUCUUUUGCGCACUCAAAUCCAUCAAUGACGUGCGUCAGGCAUGAUCAAAUGCGUAAAAGUGUAAAGCUACUGUGAGGGGUUUACGGUGCCGGAAAUGCAUUUCUUUGUUUUGAUUGUGUUUUAGUUUCAUCAGUGAGGCUUCCUGCUAAAUUACCGCAACUUCGUCAUGGCAGCACGCAAGUUUUGGUUAGUUUGUAACAGCAGGUGCGACAGGAGCGCAACCUCCCAAGCACACUGGAAAGAAAAAAACAGUGGCAUAGCUGGUUUUCCACGCCACUUGUGUACGGCCCCUUAUGAUUUCCAUUUACGGAGCCUCCAUUUGUUUAAGACUACAUAAAUUGAAUAUUUUUGUAUAAGUUUGGAGAAAGAGUAGUAUUAUUUCCACUAGCUUGGACUAUUUUUCAUUUUGUCAAUAAUGUAAAAAGUAUGUUUAGAGGCGGACAAAGGUCGUCAAAGAAUAAAAGAGAAACUGUAUUGCUUCUUUAAUCUCAAUUUUGUAACAAAUGACUCAAUUUCCAUACAAAACUGUACAUCUUAAAUUAAGUAACAAAUGACAUGUCUUUCCAACUCUGCAUACAAAUUGUGACAAUAUCAAUACAACCUUAUUUGCUCUGUCAA